GUUGAUGUGAUAAUCAAGAGGGGACGGCUGAGCCAUAGGCGUAUCAAGCCUUACAUACACAGUGCUCUCAUUACAGGUGAGGACGCAGAGAUGAGAGGAUUUGUGAUCACCUGCCUCCUGGCUGUGGCUCUAACUGCGGAUGUGGCUCAGUCUCUUCAGUGUUAUUUUUGUUACGAAAUGACUGAAGUCCAGAGCUGCAACCAAAUAAAGGAAUGUCCACAAGAGGCAAAAGGCUGCAAGACGGUGAUGAUGAGCCCAAACACCGGAUAUCCCUUUGUGUCCGGAAAUCAGCUAGUGACCAGAGACUGUGCGACAAACUGCUUCCAGAGCGAUCCCAACUCCCUAGGGGAAGAAAGUCAGGUUUACUGCUGCAAAGGGGAUCUGUGUAACCAGCUGUAUGAGCUCUACGUGAAUUAUACCGGCCAUCCCCCGAAUGGUUCUCCUAGUAUCAUGAAAGGUGGCCCUUAUGGAGGCUUCAUCCCAGGCCUGGCCUUACUCAGCCUUGGACUCUUCGUUUAGCCAUCAACCUGGGCAGAAGAUGUGAUGAAGAAGAAAUCUGCCGCAGUGUAGCUAGGGGGGCUUAGCGGGGCAGGUGAUCUUGGGAGGGAUGCCAAGCCUUUUUCCUAGCCCCAGGUGAAGCCUAGCUAUGACUCUCCAUCUCUAUAGACCAUUUCAAAGACCCUUAUCGCCCACUGGGACAUCAGGGGUUCUUACUCGUCACUGUUUACUCAUUGUCAUAUAUUAUGAGCCUUACUCAUUAAUAAAUUGUAAUA